AUGGCAUUCAAAUUCGCCACUUUGUUCGCUGCUCUCGUAGCUGUUGCCAGCGCCGGUGUUCUUCCAGCUGUUCCGUUGGCCGCCGUUGCUAAAGUUGAGGAAUACGAUCCCCAUCCCCAAUACUCUUAUGGUUAUGAUGUUAAGGAUGCCCUCUCCGGUGACUCCAAGACCGCCGUUGAGACCCGUGAUGGUGGUUUCGUCCAAGGUCAAUACUCUUUGAACGAUGCUGAUGGUUACAGACGCAUUGUUGACUACACCUCCGACCCCGUCACCGGUUUCAACGCUGUUGUCCGUCGUGAACCUUUGGUUGCUGCCGUAGCUGCUCCCGCUGUUGCUGCUCCUGCUCCAGUUGUUAAAGCCGCCGUUGCUGCUCCCUCCACCUAUGCCGCUGCCGCCCCUGUUGUUAAGGCUGCCUACACUGCUGCUCCAGUCGCCUAUGCCGCCCCAGCUGCUUAUGCUGCUGCCCCAGCUGCCGUUACUGCUCCCUUCACCUAUGCCGCCCCAGCUGCCUAUGCUGCCGCUCCCGUCGUUAAGACUGCUGUCCCUGCUCCUAUCGUCGCUGGCCCAGCUGUUGUGAAAACUUCUUUCGCAUCUCCUCUUAUCUCUUAUGCUUAUUAG